AUGCUUCUGCAGGGUGAAAUCAGAGCUACUGCUUUCAAUGAGCAAGUGGACAAGUUCUUUCCCCUUAUCGACAUGAACAAGGUCUAUUAUAUCUCUAAAGGCAUCCUGAAGAUUGCUAACAAACAGUUCACAGCUGUUAAAAAUGACUAUGAGAUGACCUUCAACAAUGAGACUUCUGUCAUGCCCUGUGAACAUGGUCAUCAUUUACCUACAGUUCAGUUUGAUUUCACAGGGAUUAGUGACCUGGAGAACAAGCCUAAAGACUCACUUAUAGACAUAAUUGGGAUCUGCAAGAGCUACGAAGAUGCCACCAAAAUCACAGUGAAAUCUAACAACAGAGAAGUUUCUAAGCGAAAUAUCUAUUUGAUGGACAUGUCAGGGAAAGUGGUCACCGCUACUCUGUGGGGGGAGGAUGCUGAUAGAUUUGAUGGUUCUAGACAACCCGUGAUGGCUAUCAAAGGAGCCAGAGUUUCUGAUUUUGGUGGACGGAGCCUCUCUGUACUGUCUUCAAGCACGGUCAUUGUGAAUCCUGACAUCCCAGAGGCCUAUAAGCUUCGUGGAUGGUUUGACUCAGAAGGACAAGCCUUAGAUGGUGUUUCCAUCUCUGAUCUAAAGAGUGGAGGAACAGGAGGGAGCAACACCAACUGGAAAACUUUAUAUGAGGUUAAAUCAGAGAACCUGGGCCAUGGUGACAAGGCCGACUACUUUAGCUCUGUGGCGACCGUCGUGUAUCUUCGCAAGGAGAACUGUAUGUAUCAGGCCUGCCCAACUCAGGACUGCAAUAAGAAAGUGAUUGACCAACAGAAUGGAUUAUACCGCUGUGAAAAGUGUGACAGUGAAUUUCCCAGCUUCAAGUACCGCAUGAUCCUGUCAGUAAAUAUUGCUGAUUUUCAAGAGAAUCAGUGGGUCACUUGUUUCCAAGAGUCUGCAGAGACCAUCAUUGGACAAAACACUGCUUAUCUUGGGGAGUUAAAAGAGAAGAAUGAGCAAGCAUUUGAGGAAGUUUUCCAGAAUGCCAACUUCCGAUCUUUCACAUUCAGGAUCAGGGUGAAACUAGAGACCUACAAUGAUGAGUCUCGAAUUAAGGCCACCGUGAUGGACGUGAAGCCCGUGGACUACAGAGAAUAUGGCAGAAGGCUGAUCAUGAACAUCAGGAGAAACGCGCUAAUGUGAGAAGAGCAGGGCUGAUGAGGCAGAAGUUUGAAGAGGCAGAGCUGAAAUGGAACCGAUUCCUUCCCCCCACCCCGUGUGACAUUUCCACGUGAGCUGUGCAGCCAGAGAGCCGCUCUGCGGCGGCCGAAGCGCUUUCCUCCCUUGGGCGCCUCUCGGAGCCCAUCGUACCCUAUUUGGUGAAGCAAAACGGGCUCCGACGGCUCUGGUGUGAACUGUCCGUCCCAGCGGGUCGGCGGCAGGUAAUGUAGUGCCGGCCACUCCCUCUGUCUUGAGGCUUUUGUCCGUUUAUUAAGAUUUCAUUAUCUUCAAGCAGGAAUUAUGGCACAAGUAAUUGACCCUAACUCUGCAGACAGUGAAAGAAAUUAUGUAAUGAGGGUUUCCGCCUCUCCCGUGGCGACACCCUCACGACUUGGGCUCCCUCUCGGGAGGGGGAGCCGAGAAGCGGGUGUGCGGAGCCUCUACUGCAGUGCGAGCGUGUCUUUCUGGAAUUCGAAGGCUCGCUCUCUCGGGAGGGGCAAAGAGUCGUUACGGCCUGGAAUGGCACUAGGGUAGAAUUAUUAAUCAAAGACGGAUCUUUUAUAUCUGAAGAAUAUCCCUCCUUCAGGGUUUCAUAGACUGAGUCAGUGGGUCUGAUAUUCAUCAGAAUUGUCUCUUCUGAGGAAAGCUGAUAAGCAUGGACUUGCUGUCCCCCAGGGACAUCCCAGCAACUACAAAGCAUUGCUUUAGUUUUCACUUCAAUUAAUGUUGCAUUUGGUUUGGCGAAUGCGCGCUUUUUCUACCUGUACGUAUUUCUUACACUUGUAUGUUUCAUUUCAUGAUUAAAGCUAUGUUAAAUAGAAGGGAUUUCGAAGGAGAGGCCCUUUGUUUCCCCUGCUUUGUUUUAAUAAACAGAAUAUUCCCUGCG